CAGUCUAUGGCACAUCCUUGUGGGGGAGCGCCAGUUGUCCCAGAUUCUCAGGUAAUCUUUUCAACUGUUCAUGAAAGCCCAGGCUCUGUUUCUCCAUUGCCAGCAUGUCUCUCAAAGUCUAUUUCUCAGAGGCGAAACAGCACCUCUUUCCUUGAAGCCCACACUUAUUUUCAGCCUACAUUGAAAACCAUCACUCAGAAUGUACUGUCAGCUGAUAGUGAGGCUCCAAGUUGCAUUCCAGAGGUUUUUUUUGUUGCAGGCACAGAAAGACAAAAAUCUUCUAGUGAACCAGUAAAUGUGCAUGUUCACAGAUUACCUGAGCAUGUUAUUGUCCAUAGUGGAUGCAAAUCUUCAUUGGGACAGUUGGAGGAGCAGCAUCACAAAAUGUCUCAUUUAGAAAACACUUCAAGCUUCAUUCAGCAAGAGCAUCUUAUUGAUCUUUGUGGUUCCACUGCGUAUACCAGUACUCUUGGAACUGACAAUCAGUUCAGUCCUGCUGAGCAGAUGAAUUUUCUUCAGCAGCAAGAUCACACUAAUCAGUCUUGCAUUCCUCAUUAUGGCCAGUUCACUGGACAGAAAGUCAUUGCUGGGCAAAUUCAAAAUGUAAGAUUUGAACAAAAGGUCAACUGCUUGCCGCAGAUAACCCUGGUCUGUACACCACAAGACCCUGACUUGAACAGUCUGCAGGUCAUACCUCCUAGUUCUGCUCCUGCUGUCCUUGGAUGUGCAAGUGAAGGUCAAACCAGCUGUUCAUUUGACUUCCAUUUUCAGAGUUCGUCUCCACUGGCACUUGAAAAUUCUGGAUUUAUGUUAUCAACUCAUCGAGGUUACCUAAACCGUCAUGGCUCCACAGACGUUAAUAUUGAAGAUGCAGCCCAAGGAUGUGGAAUGUACAAUAGACUUCAGACUGUGGCAGAAGAGCAGCAAGUCUGCAUGUGCCGUGAUGUAGUUGUGCCUCCUGUCAACUUCAUUAGACAGAGACCAGACAGCCCCAAUAAAACUAAUGACUCUCUUCUGACUACCUCCAACACUUGGGAGUGUCCUUCUAUCAUUUCUGAUCCUGCCUGUUCUGACACUUCACCUCCUAAGCAAGCCCAGGUGCUUUUCCAGGAAGAAUACAUGCAUACUCGCAUUCCCCAAUCACUGGAAACAGAGCAGGGUCCGCUACCAUCAGUACCUGUUCAAGGAGUUGGAUGCUAUCAGCAGAGUUCCCAGGCAUCACAAUCUCUUGUGAGCCAUCAGCAGCCACAGCCAGCAACAAAUGUUUCAGCACUGCCACAGACUUCGAUUACUCAUCCUGGGCCAGCCCAUGUCCAGCAACAGAUAUCUGUUCCAGCUCCAGUAAUUUCCCAGUCCCUUUCUGCUCCAGCUGUUCCUGUGAAUUCUAGCCUGUUCUCCAUAGGGCAAUCCCUUUCUACACCUGUAGUUUCUCAGCAUCCCAUUCCUGUGUUGUCCACUUCUGUUCCUGCUGCCCAAGGUGGUUUUCAGUCUGUGCCAGUUUCAGUGACAACCACUCUUAACCAGCCAGUAUCAUCAGUUGCACCAUCUGUUCCAGCAAUCUCACAAGUGGCAGGACAGUCAGUUGUAUUUGGUCAAGUGCCUGUGUCUGUCCAGGUACUGCCACAUCUCUCUGGAGCAGUUCUUCCACAGUCCACUCCUCAGUCUGCACCUUCAGCUGCAUUGCCAACCAGCCUGGGACAAGUUGCCGAUAUUCCACUUCAGAAAGAAGAAGCUGUUCAUCAGAGUUAUCCAUCACAAUACACUAAAGACACCAGCAUGGCUCAAGUUACAGCUACACUCCCCUCUGUCCCUUCUCCUCCAUCAUCUGUAUCCUCUGAGGCAGUAUCUCAGCCUGCCCCAGGAAUGAGCACAGUGACCAGCUUUUGUGGGCCAUCUCCUGCACAACAGCCUGUUCCACAGCCAACAACUACUGCACAUCAGUUGCCUUCUGGGCCUCAGCAGCCUCAACAGGCGUCACAGGAGGUGUCUGCACAAAUUGCAACACUGGACCAGACGCAAGGGCAGGUUGGACAAGUCUCUUCAUCUGUGGACAGUGCACACUCUGAUGUAGCAUCAGGAAUGAGUGAUGGUAAUGAAGGUGUUCCAACAAGUGGGAGGCAUGAAGGAAGAUCGACUAAAAGGUACCUUCGAAAGUCUGCAAGGAGUCGUUCUCGCCAUGAGAAGUCCUCCCGGUCAAAGCUUCGAAUACUCAAUGUUUCAAACAAAGGUGACAGAGUCGUGGAGUGCCAGCUAGAAACUCACAACCGAAAGAUGGUGACAUUCAAAUUUGACUUGGAUGGCGAUAAUCCUGAGGAGAUCGCUACAAUUAUGGUACAAAAUGAUUUUAUCCUAGCUAUAGAGAGGGACUCAUUUGUUGAGCAAGUGCGUGAUAUUAUUGAAAAAGCAGAUGAAAUGCUAAGUGAAGACACUUGCGGAGAGCAAGAUGGUGACCAAGUAUCAGAAGGAUUUCGAGUCAGGGAGACAUCUGCUUUUCCUGUAUCCCAGAACAUGCUGAAUGAUUUGAGACAGCCAGAAAGCAUAACUUUCUUGCCACCAGUAACAGGCAUUCUUCAAGGCUCUGCUACUCACGUUGUCCAUUCUGCUGGAAGACGGUUUAUAGUCAGUCCUGUUCCUGAAAGUCGUUUACAAGAGCAGCCUUUUUUUGGCUCUGGCAGUGUGGAUUUUCCAGUUUCAGUUUCAUCUCAUGGAACUGGAAUUUCGCUUUCUCACUCGGCAUCAUCUGUUAGCCUACAGCAAGCAUUUGCAGAGCUUAGGCAUACUCCACUUCAGGAAGGACCCAGCACGGCCCCUCCUCAGUUUAACCAGGCAGUACCACCUUUACCAGUAGUUGUACCUUCCCAAGACAGUAGUACUUUGCCUUCUGCUUCUCCUACCUUGGGUACAGUUAGUAUUGCUACUGUGCCCCCCCAUUUGACUCAGGCCAUAGUUUCCCCAUUAGCUCAGCAAACAGUUUCUGGAGUAGUUCCUGAUGCCAUUCAUACAAGUUCAGUGCCUCCAUCAAUGGGUUCACAGUCAGUGGUGGGGUCUGUUGUAAUUAAUUCAGUUAUGCCAGAACCCACUCAACAGAUGACUGGAAUUACUACCAUUGUCAGUGAUCAUGUUGCAUUUUCUACUGCUGUGCUGCCACAGUCUGCUCAGCAGAAUAUAAGUAGUCCAGUGCCUACUACACUAAGUACAGUCUCCCCUCCUAUAAUGUCCCCAUUGGUUCAUCAAAUGGCUGGUUCUAAUCAGACAUCUGUGUCUGCACCUUCUCUUCAGUCUUUGACAUCCCAAACCCAGGCUCAGCCUGUUGGGCCAGUAGCCACUCUGAAUGAAAUUGUUUCUUCAAGUGUGCAGCAAAGCCAGUCUGAUCCUGUAGAUUCAGCAGAAACUUUGCCUUUAGGCAGCACAGUGACCGUAUCUCUUCCCAUGUCAUUACCUUUAAAUUCAUCGGCCGUUACCAUGUCACAAUUUAAUGCGACUCAUCCUGUUAUUACUCAGUCUUUAGCUGCAGUAACACCUGUUUUAUCUCAGGCAUCAGGUAGUAUUGUCACACCACUGCAAGCCCAGGUGCCAUUACUUGGAAUGCAGACAGCAUCUUCAGCACCAUUGGUACAGCAGACCCUUGUUCACAGCCAGCCACAGCCAGCUGUGAUUCCUAAUCAGCCUCACACUCAUUGCAGUGAGACAGAUGUAGAGGCUCAGAUCAGAGCCCCAGGCAUUGAUGAUAUCAAAACUCUUGAUGAAAAACUCCGCUCUCUAUUCAGUGAACAUGGUUCAACAGGUACUGCAUAUACACUUGGGCAAGCAGAAAUGCCAGUGACCUCUGAAAUUCCAGCUGCUUCUACAACUACUUCAACUACAGUUAUGCCACCCUCAAGUCUGAUGAUUGGAACCACAGAUGCUUCAACUGUCUCAGUGCUUGUAACACCUGGACAAACUGCUACUCCAAGUUUCAUGCCUUCUGCUGCCAGUGUGCCCCCAGCAGGAAAACUGGAAACCCCAUCUUCUAAACCUACUCUUGGCAGGACACUGGUGUUACCAUUAGGUGCAGAGCUUCCGGCUGUCACUCCACCUGCUGAACCAUUACCACCCUUUCCUGGACCUUCACUAACUCAGUCACAGCAACCACUUGAAGAUCUUGAUGCCCAGGUACGAAGAGCACUGAGUCCAGAGACCAUUUUAGUUCCUUCGCAGCCAGCACAGAUUGUUGCAUCAGUGGAUACUGCAGGACAAACGGUUACAGCAUCACAAAGUGAAGUGGCUCAUGAAGAUGACUGCUUAAGUGAUGUUACUGCUGCUAGAGUUAUUAAGCUUGGACGAUUCCAGGUUGCUGUGAGAACGGAUGAUAUCUUGACUGCAAAGACAGAAGGUACCUCUUUAGAAGAAAAAGAACAUAGUAUUAAAACACCGCCACAGUCAAUGUCAUCGUCAUCUUCUUCCUCGUCACUUUCUGAAAGCAGCCCAGAGAGUACACUGGUCAAGACGCCUUUUAAAAAAGCAAUUCCAGACAUUAUAGAUGGACUGUCGGAACCAGAGUCUGUGGAACCAAAGCAGCAGACAGCAAGUGCCCAACCUAAUAAAAUUGGUCGGUUCCAAGUAACAACAAUGCCUGACAAAGUGGGCCGUUUUUCUGUGUCUAGAACUAAAGAUGAACUUUCCUUUGCUGAUGAAAAUAAGUCUUUGAUUGAGGCUUCUGUGAUCAGUAAUUCAUCAACAUUUGUGUCUGAACAUCCAGGGCAGCCUUCUGAUUUGACAUCCACUCUUGAACAGGAAAAUGCAGAUGAAACUGUGCAGACUGCACAUCUUAAUGGGCCCUCUUCUGAUCUAGAGGAUGCCUAUUUGAGUAGCUUCUCUGUGAAACAGUUGGAUAAUGGCCAUGGUAGUCCAGUUUCUCCUAACCUUCCACAACAGGACUCCAAGGGCUGCCUUUCCUCACAUUAUCUAAGCAAUUCUUUCAACUCCUCCUAUAUGAGCAGUGACAACGAUUCCGAUAUUGAAGAUGAAGAUCUGAAGAAAGAGCUCCACCAGCUUAGACAAAAACAUCUGAAAGAAAUCCAAGAACUGCAAGCUCGUCAAAGGCAGGAAAUAGAGGAGUUGUAUACAAGAAUGGGGAAGGUUCCACCGCCAGUUAUCAUUCCUCCUGCAGCACCUCUAUCUGGAAGGAGGAGGAGGCAUACAAAAGGAAAGAGUGGAAGGUCUAGCCGGAGCAGUUUGACAGGAAAUAAAGUCCCUUUUCAGCUAGAUACUUCAUCACCUCAGAAUGUGUCUUCAUUAUUAAGCCCUGAGCAGAACCUUUUUCUGCCAAGCAGCUCUCAAGAGUUAGAGCAGAGUCAAAUGCUGCAGCCUUUCAAACCAUCCCCCUCCAAUGAAAAUGUGGGCUCUACCUUCACUAGUGAUGUAGCUAUGUCUGUUCCCAGCCUGUCUGCUCCUGCACAGGGCUGGGCGAAGUUUAACUGUGUCUCUGAACGAGUGACUUUCAAACCUGGAGGCAGACGGACCAGAUUUUUGAGGAAGAUGAUGAACAAAGUUUGCCCUUGCAACCAGAUGUGCAGAACAAACAGCACUAAUACAGUUGGCAGUACUGGUACAGUUGGGACUAACCAGACGGGCCUUGCUCAGCAAACUGGUGUCCCCUCCAUUCGAAAAGGAACAUUCACAGAUGACCUGCACAAACUUGUUGAUAACUGGGCCCGUGAUGCCAUGAAUUUUACAGGAAAGCGAGCACAAAAGCCACAAGGUCAAAACUAUUCAGAGGCACCAGGAAUGACAAGAAAAUUCUCUGCACCAGGUCAUCUUUGCAGUUCAUUAAACUCAUCUCUGUCAGGUUCCACCUCUAUACCUGCAGCAUCAGUUUCUUCUUUGGGACCGUCUCGUAAAAUAGUGUGUCCACCUCCUCAGUAUGGGUUUUCAGCAGCACCAUAUAGCACACAGUGGACAGCAACUACAGGCUCGGCUCCACAGGCCCUAGGUCAGUUUCAGACUGUUACUCCUGGUACAGCAACCUCCCUGCAAGGUUUCAGUGUCACCACUUUGCAGAAAUCGAUCAGCAAUCCUCCUGGCUCCAACUUGCGGACAACGUAGCAAUUCUGCAACUUUAGGACAAAUGUACUGAGUAGGGGACUAAGCAACACCUAAACCAUGUCUAAUCCUAUGGAACUCAUUUUGCACUGACAAAGUAACUCGGAGGAGGCUGUGAAUAACUCACUUUUGACAAGGCUUUUCUCCCAUGUGAAUAUUUAGUGAUCAAAUCUAUGGGGUUUAGGCAGAGGGUGUCAUGUCUCAGGAGGCAAAAUGGGGUAGAGGGUGUGAAGCAUUCAAUCGCUUCCUUAAUUUUGGGGCUUAUUGAAUGUGUGUGAUUCAAGGUAGGGCUUGGAUUGUUAACUCUGUGUUCAUUUCAGCUGGUGAGGAAAGAUCAAAUUCAUUGAGCAUCACGGUGCUUCCCCCAACACCACCCUGUAUAAAUCCUCCAGUCUCCUUGAUUAUACAGAUUGGCAUUUGCUUUCACUUCUGUGCCUUUUCAGCAGUUCAUACAGCAUUGCUAUUUGUAUUCCACAACUGUUGGUUAUCUACAUCUGACGGCAGAGCAUAGUAAAGCUACCCUUAAUUAGUAACAUGAAAGAUUUACAGCUGUUGCAGGGCUUGACUGUAGGAAUCUGUGCUGAUAUUGAGAGAAUUGCAGUACAAGUAUUGGCUGUCGAUACAGAAGGCUGCAGUGGUUGUUAUCUGCUAUUUUUUAUCAUGGGGUUGUAUGGUAAAACAACAGUGUUUAAUUCAUCAGAGAAAUUUGUAUGCGUCUCCCCCUGUACUUGCAUAUAUAUGCAUACAUAACAUAUGUUUGCGCACACACACAUGUAGUAAAAAGGGGGCAGAGCCCAUCAUUCUUUGAUAAUCAAAACGAUGUGCUAUAAAUGUCAGACAAUAGCAGUUAAAUGGAAGAUUGUCGGGGGAAUGAACGUUUAAGAAAAGGCUAGCUACUCUUGUGUACUAUUCAAGUCACUUUAAAAUUUCUUUGUAUUUUCUUUGUAUUAGAUAAAUGUGAAUGUAAAAUUGUAUAAAUGUACUUGAAUAACUUUUAAUUUUUUUUAUUUGUUCCUGUUCCCAGUAUGCUUGCUGGAUACAUAGUGCCUUGAAUUUAAUGUUUAUGUUUUGUUUUCUGCAAGACUGUGCUUGGCAUCCUACUCUUUAAAUUCCGAAGGAGGGAAGGGUUUAGCUCACUGUAGGCCUGGUUAACAAAAAAGGUAUAAAUCAUUAGAACUUAAAAGAUUUCAAACUGCUUUUUUGUAGUACUGUUACCUUUUUCUUGACGUGCUGUAAAUUACUGUGUAGUUCAGAUGGAAAAGAUAUCAGUUUUUGUGAUGACUGGUCAAGAUCAUAGUGCUUUUCUGCCGAGUGAGGGAACUUUCUAAAAAAGCACUCUGAAAACACUGUAUGCCUAAAAAGUGAAGUGAAACACCGCUGAUACAUUCAAGAGUUUUUUCAGUAUUGGCUUGCUUUUGUACUUUAAAUAGAUGGAACUUUUUUUUUUACAUUUCUGUAAUAAUCUUUCUUUAGUAGUGUCAUUGCACUGAGCCCAUGUCAGACAUGAUCAUUGAAUGCACUUGUGUGGCUUUGUCACUAAGCAGGAAAGGUGAAACCAGACUGACCAGUUAAAUUGUGCAGCUCCAUGUUAUAGUGGCACCAAGGCCUUUCACAAUUGUCUAAAGACUGAAAAUCAACAAAUGUUUAGAGAAAAAACACGGUUAUUGUAGGUGACAACAAUAUAUGGAGUAAACAUAGGACUAUCUUGCAAGGCUUGAGGUCCCUUUCCCUUAGGUCGUACAAACAGCCAUGGAGCAAAGGAUAGAAGUCUUUAGAAGACUUACAUUCUUGCCAUUGGAUUCUGUUUUAAUGUUUUCUUCCUUUUCAGUCAACAAAUGGUUGUUGCCUUUCCUGAUCCUUUGAGCAUUUUUACAUUCUUUGCUUUUAUUGCAAAUUCACUAGUAUUACUCUGUAGGGCUGCAGUAAGCUCCGUCCUUUCAGUAACUGCUUAUUACCCAUUCAGAUGGAAGGCUAGAAUGUGAGCAUAUCUUCUGUUCCUCCAAAAUGUGUUGCAGAACUUCAUUAGUAGUGACAUACAGUGUAUGUUGCCCUGUAAAUUGUAGUACUGUCCAGCUGCAUGGGAGCUGUUGCAUUGAGAAAGCCAACAUCUGUUGCUGCGUGAACAACAGUAAUUACAUGAAGAUUUUUUUUUUUUUAUAUAAAAUAUUGAAGUCUUGUUUCUGUGUUGCACAUGAGUUCUGCUUGUUUUAUAUGUGGAACUUCUUCCACUGAAAGAAGUCUUUGUGCUAAAAGCUUAAGCGUUUACAAGUUGUCUUCUGCUCAUUAAAACACACUGGAAAAGGAAAUACAGGUUGAUUAGAAGUCCUUAUGUGUGGUUGAGCAAAAUAAUGAAGACAUUGUUACACAGUAAGGUUAUACUGCCUCAUGUUGCUUUGAAGGAGGGUGGGUACUGAAUGUUACUACUUACAUGCCAGAUGUUUGCAUUGUUGGAGUGCAAAGUGUUGAUUUACUGUCAUUGCCUUCCUGGUUGCUAAUUCCAUAGAUACAGAAUCCAUUGCAGUAAAACAUUUGUUAAAAACGCAUACAAAAUGAUGAGUAGAGCACAGGUUGUCUGACUGCUUUUAAUAAGCCCGUUUAAAUGCUGUCCACAGAAAAUUGAUUUCAUUUGUCAUUACUUCCCUCCUGUGAAAAAACAGUUAAAACAUGCAAACAUGAAAUGCUACUGACCAGUUAAAUUAUUGUGCAAAUGUUACACGUUACUACCAUUCACGCAGCAGAUUUUGUUUUGGAAUUGUUUUCCAUUAUUUAACACUGUAAAAUAUAUAUAUACAUAAAUAAAUGGAUAAAGCCUC